AUUUGUAUUAUUGUUGGGUUUGGGGGGGAAACUAGUCCGUUUUUGAGGCGGAGCUUUCCCUUGUGGCUGCAUAAACAGAAACGAGCGAACAGCAAAGUUGAGCCCAACGUAAAAUGUCGCCCAAAUACACCCACGCAAUUGUCGCCAGAAUAUCGAAUUCACUGCAAGAGAACGGCAAUUUUGAUAUAAAAUUGGCUAAACAGCAACACGAACAGUAUUGCACAUUAUUGAGAGAAAUCGGUCUUGAUGUCAUUGAGCUUCCACCGGAUGAUGCCCUGCCUGAAGGUGUCUUUGUCGAGAGCAGCGCCAUCGUUUGUAACGGUGUUGCGCUUAUUGGCCGAUCUGAAAAUAUAAAACGGCAACGCGAAGCGGAGAGUAUGGCAAUUAUAUUGAAAAAGGAACUGGAUAUACCUGUUAUAGAAAUCGAUGAUCCCCAUGCCCAAUUAGAUGGUGGCGAUGUCCUAUUCACGGGACACGAGUUUUUCAUUGGAAUUUCUGCAUUUACGAAUGAAGAAGGCGCUCGAGCGGUUGCAAUGGCCUAUCCCGAAUAUCCAGUGACACCAAUCCGGGUUAAUGGCACAAAACGUCUGAAAUACUAUGUAACUAUGGCGGGGCCCGAUGUCCUGUGUGUCAGCACAAGCCCCACUUGUCAGGAAAUUGUGAAACGAAUGGAGCGGGAAGCUAGCUUUACGUAUCAAAAACUCACAUUGCCAGAGGAGAGUGCGGCGAAUAUGUUGUAUAUAAAUGGUACUAUUGUCCACAGAUCGCCACAAGAAAUUCCAGAGGCAUACAAGACUUUAAAAGACAAAAUCGACAUUCCAUCACGUAAUAUAAAUAUUAGCGAAUUUAGCCAAUACUCCAGUGGGUUGACCUCAUCGUGCAUUUUAUUGCGUCGCUGGAAGUCCAUACGCAGUAUAUAGGAGUUGGCAGAUCAUUGGUUUUACAUAUGAUCUGACCGAUCGAAAAGAUGUUAUUUCGUAUCUAAACACGCACAGUAAUUAGCAACUGCAAGCAUAGUUUCCAUGCAAGAUUUACGCGCAACAGCAAUAUCGCAAUAUCGUAUUAUAAUGUAAUUGAAAGUAAUUGUUAACAUAUUUAUAUACACCUACCUUAUAUACAACCAUACAUCUACAUAUACAUAUAUACCUUUAUAUAUGCAUAUGUGAAUGGUAUCACUAGGAAUAAUACUGUUUUCAAUACUUUAAUAACAACAACAUUUCGUUCAGAGUAAAGCUUUUACAAACAUUGAAAACAAAAACCAACGCAUGCAAGUAAUAUGCUAUUAAUACACAUAUUUAUAUUGUUCGUUCAUAAAUGUUAAAUACUUAGUAAACCAUUAACUUCA